AUGGUGUCAUCCACUAAUAGCGCCUCCUCGGACGACUACGAGGAUGAGAUCUCAUCACCUAUCCAAUCCGUGAUCUCGGAGUUCGGCCAGCUACCGUUAGCUGGGACAACCAUUGCUAACCAGUCGCACUUGGAUGCGAGCCCCGACACAUUACUCGCAAUGGUGCUAGACGUUAUUGUCAAGUCACGACCUAUCUCACAUAACCUGACUCAAAAAACCAUUAACCAUCUGCUCGACGAGGGCUAUCACCAUAUCGACAUACUUGCUACAACCACAUGGGAGGAACGCACAAAAGUACUGGCAGAAGGAGGCUAUAAUCGGUAUCGAGAGCAAUGUGCCACUUAUCUGGGUUCGCUCUCAGACAUUGUGGUAAAUCAGUACGGUAUGUCACGGUCAAUUGGCAAAGCGUUUGCGCCCUACUAUGAUGGUAUGCUGAAGUAUGGUUCACUAGAUGGAGACCUUAAUAAUCUACUGCACGCUGCGCAUGGAGACCGGGAAGAGGUUCGCACCCUGAUGAAGGAGUUCAAGGGAAUAGGAGACUUGGGAGUGGAAUUGUUUUUCAAUAAUGUGCAGAGUGUUUGGCCAUCAAUUGCACCUUUUCUCGACUCACGCAGCCUGCAGACAGCUCAAGAGAUUGGUAUCGGUGGGGACUUGAAUGCUAUCUACGGGGCACUGGGCAAGGAGCCCGAACAGAUGAGUCUACUUGCCAAUGGUCUAUCGACUGUGCGCCUUGAGAAGAAAAAGAUCUAG